UUUAAAUGGUUUUGGCUUUAGUAUACAUACUUAUAAUAUAUAGAGAAAAGCUGGCUUAUAUAUUAACCACACAUACUUCUGGCGUUCACGGGUUCAGUAAAACAUGGAUUUAACCAAAGUAUUGAUGAGUGUUGUUUUGAUGUCGAUAUAUGUUGUAGUUGUAACUGGUUGUGGCCGGUUGAAGUGUUACAAAUGUAACUCCCAGGACUCACCAUCUACCUGCAGUGAAGAUAAUUUUAACGCGGAUGUUCACAGGGACGAUACUACUAGCGGGAGUACCAGUGAUAUUACAGGAGGAACCAGCUGUGUCCGUGGCUGGGCAAUAAACGAUAAAGGAACAUAUUACUUCCGGGACAAAUCAAACGAAUUUGAACAUGAUGGCUGCGAGACGCCACAGAAAUGUUUCUGUAGCAGCGAUUUGUGCAAUUCUAAAGCCUCAAGACCGGUUUCCGCGGCGACGACUGUUACAACAACUCUCGUCUGCUCUUUACUCGGAAGUGUGUUUAUCCAAAAGAUUUUCAUGUAGCUUAUGAUAAGAACUGAGUAUCAUUUCAUUUAAUCAUCACAUGACCAAUCUAUUAGUUAUCCGGUUUUUUUGUCGUAUGGCGCUAGACUGACAACUGCGCACAUCUUAUGCACCAUAAUCUGACCAAACAAAAUGGCGGAAAAUGUUCGAUGAUCAUGAUGGAUUCAUGACGUCGUUAAAACGUUUCAACAACGACAGAAAAUCUUACUCUUUCUGAUUCGUACACAUGUAAAACACAGAAACAACAACAAAAACGAACGAAAGGCUGGUAUUAAAGGAAAAGAAUUAAUAUACAUAUUAAUAAAUAUACCUGUAAGUUUACUUUUAAUGUUCAGGGAAAUAAAGCUUUGAAUAGAUAAUCAUAAGUUAUCGGAAUUUAAGAUAUACUGCAGAAUGAGGAAUUACUUUUUAUGUCGGUUUUAUCCGACUGCGGAUGUUGUUCAGCAAAAUCGUUUUUCGAACGAUUGUGGGAAGUUAUAAAUCUGUAAGCAAUGUAUACAAGGAUCAUCACAGUUCUUGUUCGGGGUAAUAAAAUAAAUUACACAUGGAUUUGUGAGUAACAAUAGAAAUAUCAUCCCUCGUAAAAAUACUGUUAUAAUAUCUUCAUGUCUAGAAUUGAUGUACGCUGUCUGCAUUUCUAUUUAAUGUAUGAACUUACAAAACUACCACUCACAAUACCAGUAAAUAUAUUUUAUCAUAGUUUGGGGACCUUUCUGUUGAAAAUGUGCCAGAGUUAAAUCGUAUACAUGCACAGUGCGUUAACUGGAGUGCAGGUAUUACUUACCCGCACUCCAGAGCAUGCCCUUUGAUUGGCUAAUGUUUGCUGGGGUUUACUUAUUGUGACGGCAGAGAAAGGGAAAGCGAUAGAAAUAUCAUAUUCAGAUGCUCGUGCAUUUGUUACUUUUUGCUGGGGUUUCAUAUUGUGACAACAGGGAACUUGUUUUUAUGUUGACUAUGAGAACAUCAAAACACUCGGCAAUCUGAUUAAUAUUCGGGGGCUACGCACCUCGUACAAAUCAGAUAGCCUCGUAAUUCGAUGCUCUUUCUAUUACAUAUAUGCAUUGUAUAUCUGUUUUUAAUACUCGUAAUUAUAUGUAAAUUUAUUCAUUCUUUUGACCUUUGCAUUAUUGAAUAACAAAUAAAACUAUG